AUUCCCCUGACACAAGGAUCGUUUGUGAGAUGUGGUAUUUGGUUAUCGCCUUGUUCUUGGGAUCCACUGUUAGUGUCUUUGGACAACGACAACAAAUCUCCGGGAUACCAUGUGUAAACAUUUUGGGUCAAUCUACGUGUCCACGUGGUCAGCGCUGUGUGAAUAAUUUUUGUCGGUCGGAAGAUGGAGAUCAACAAUUUUGCUCCUGGAAUAAUCCAUGCCGUGAUCCAAGAUAUGAGUGUCAAGAUGGGAGAUGUGUUAGAAGUCAAUUACAACAAUGUUCUUUGAUACCGUAUAGGCCGUGUCCUGAUCCACGACAUGAAUGUCAAGGAGGAAGAUGCGUUCCAGGAAAUCAGCAGACUUGUUCCUUCUUGAUGCCAUGCCGUGAUCCACGAGAUGUAUGUCGAAAUCGUAAAUGUGUUCGAGAAGAUCAAGAAUAUUGUUCUAUAUAUGAGCCAUGCCGUGAUCCACGAGAUGUUUGUCGAAAUGGUAGAUGUGUUCGAGACGUUCCAGAAUUUUGUUCUCCGAGAAGGCCAUGCCGUGAUCCACGAGAUGUAUGUCGAAAUGGUAGAUGUGUUCGAGAAGAUCCAGCUGAAUUUUGUUCUCCGAGCAGCCCAUGUCGUGAUCCACAACAUGAAUGCCAAGAUGGUGUAUGUGUUCCAGUGAAUCAGGAGACUUGUUCCUGGUUGAAGCCAUGCCGUGAUCCUCGAGAUAUAUGUCAAAAUGGUAGAUGUGUUAGAGGAAAUCAACCUUGCCAAGAACCGUGGAAUCCUUGCACUAAUCCAAGAGAAAGAUGUCAGAAUGGUGUAUGUGUUCAAGAUGACCUACAAGAAUGCUAUAGAGAUCGAGAUUGUCAAUUUUGGCAAAGAUGUAGAAAUGGAAGAUGUCGAUUCAGUAUUCGUGGAUGAGACAGACUCAAAAACACACUAAUCACAGAACAAAAAGAAUUAGAGACAGAACAAAAUCUAUGUCUUGAAGAAAAAUAAAGAAUGUUUGAUGCAGUCUGA